AUGGCGGUUGGCGGUUGUUUUUGCGGCAAGGUUCGAGUCGAAUACAAGGGCCAGCCUCUAGCAUCGGGACUAUGCCACUGUUACGAUUGUCGCAAGCUUACAGGGGCACCCUAUAGCUACAGUUUUAUUGUCAAAAACAAAGAUCUGGAGAUCUCCGGAAGUCCGAAAGAAGUGGCAAAAAGAUCAGAGGGUGAAACUAGGAUUAAAAACUAUUUCUGUCCUGAUUGUGGCACACCGCUGUUUGGACGGAAGAUCAAGGCCAAUGGAGAUCCCGACGAGAUUACGAUCAUCCGGGCAGGAAUCUUUGAUGAUAGCCGAAUCUUGAAUGAACGGACACCUGUGGCGGAGAUGUACAUUGAGCAACGAUUAAAGUGGAUCAGUCCUAUCGAGGGGGCUGAUCAAUUUUGUGGCAUGUUGCCACUACCCUAG